ACUAAUGUUAGGCAGGAUUAGCGUAGUAACCACGCGGCACCAUAUAUACGAACGUGUCCUAGCCUCCUAGCCAGUUGCUACUUGUUACACCACCCAGUCCGGUACCGCACAGCCGUCUGCCACAACGACCACUGCAUCUCCGGCCGCGCGACUUAUGCCGGAGAAGCCUCCGUCGCUCCGGCGACGCCCGAUGGCGGCAGGGAGCUGGGUCCGCUCCCUCCACUGCAAAUCCACGGCCGCCGAAGACGUGGCCGCCAGAGGCGCGGUCGUUCCCAAGAAGCUCCACCCGCUCCUCCCGCGUUCUGCUGCCUGCGGGAGCUCCGGCGACGCCCGCAAGAACGUCGCCUCAUCGAAGCCCAAGCCGACGUCGACCUCAGAUGUUUCGAAAAAGAAGUCGACCUCGAAGCCGAGUCCCAAGCUGGCCAAGAAGACCAAGCAGGCUGCUGUGCCGCCGACGCCCCCACCGGGCCCUCUCGGCCCGCUCCCGGCGCUCACCGAGCUCCCGGCGGGGCACUCGUCGAGGCAGGUGGUGGAGAUCAUCUUCCUGUCGUCGUGGAACCAGAUUCUGCUUCCGCAGCCGCAGCCUCCGCCGGGAGCGUCCACCGCCACCACCGACGGCGCGUUCGCGGGCGAGGUGGAGAUGCUGUUCCGCGUCCACAACCCGGCGCGCGCCGUGGCGCGCUUCGAGGACUACCGCGCUGCGGUGCGCGCCCGGGCCGGCGAGUCCACGCGCAGCGCCGCGGACGGCAACGAGAUGAUGCGCUUCUCCCCGGCGGCGCCGUACGGCUCGUCGUCCUCGGCUGCAACCGGCGGCGGGGACGCGCUGCGCAUCCGGACCUUCGAUGGCAGCGGCGGCGCGCAUGCCAACGGGCGCGGGCCGGCGUCCGGCAAGCGGGCCAUGUUCCUAUGCAGGGUCAUCGCCGGCCGUGUGGCGGAGGCCGGGACAGGCUCCGAAGCAGUGCCCGGCAAGGAGCACGACUCCGUCCGCGUCGGUAAGGACGAGCUGGUGGUGUUCGACCGCCGCGCCGUGCUCCCCUGCUUCGUCAUCGUCUACAAGUUGUAAAAAGAAACCUGAUAUUAUUAACCCUGCUGCUAUUUUUUUUGCCACUUACGGUAACGGAUUAAUCUAUCAACUGCA